AUGACAACCAGUGGUUGCAUGACAACCAAGCAUGACCCCAUGGACAGAGCAGACCGCUGGGCUCAAGUUAUCACCCAAGGGGGCCCAUUAUAUCAGUGUCUCCAACCUGCAACUGAUGAAAACAUAACAGCGGGAGAAAAAAUGAAGCACAAAAACAAAGAAGCAGCUGCAGGAGGAGCACAGUGUGGACAGAGGAUGAUUUUUACAGGCCCAGAUGGAAUCGGAGACUACAGGCCGAGAUCAAAUUAUUUCCCCCGGUACAUCGGUGCAGGCUCCUCAUCAACUGAGGCCACAGGUGACCUCGGUUACUUGUGCCAAGCUGCGCCACAUGCACCUCCUCCUCUGCCCAGGCAGAGCUGGGUGGGGGAGGUUGGCUGGGGUUGGCAGUAUAACCAGCUGUUGAACAGCGGGGCUCUGCUCAGCAACAUGCAAAUUAAGAAAACGGACAUACGAACAGCGUUGGAGGACAGAGUGACUCAGAGGUUCCAGAGCAAACAAAAGAACAUGACGGAUGAUUCACUCACAGUCAACACCGAGUUUCGCAGAGGCGCUCAGAGCUAA